AAUAGACCCUUUCUGGAAUCGAAAACUUUUUGUGACGUCAGCACCAGCUGUUCCGACAUAAACAUCAGAGUAAUCCAUAAGCCGCAUUGGUUACUGUUAUCUCCAAUUUAUGAAAAGAUUAUUUACUCAAUAAGUACUAAAUACGCUCAAAAAAAUGGCUGAUGAAAUAAAUAAAGAUGAGAUCAGAAGGAAGAGACUAGCAAAGCUGUCCUCGGGAAGUGCUUCUGGCCCUGCAGGUGGCAGUACAGACAAUGCUUCUAACUCAUCAAGUCAAGAAAAGAAUUUACAAAUUAAUUUUGGAUCUUCUGUGAUAAAAAGUUCUGAUGUUUCUGAGAGCCUUUUAAGGGAGGCAUCAACUUGCCUCUCAGCCUCACCAGCAUCACCAGACUGCUCCUCCAUCACCAUCACCACCACCAUCACACAGAGCUCCCCCUGCAAGCGCAAUCUCUCCUCACCUCCUGCUGCCACCCCCGCCAAGAAAGCUCUAUUGGUCUUAGGUGCUGAGGGCAGCGGCGCUGAGGCAACAGGCAGGUCUUUGUCUGAAGCUGUCAUCACUGCCGAGGGGCUGGCAACGGAGGUUCCCAUGGAUGUUGAUGAUGAAGCUCUUCAGAGGCGACCUGACUGCAAGAGAGACAGGACUGUGAGCAGAAGUGAGGUGACUCCGGAGCACCUGCAGAGCAUCCUGUCUUCCUUGCUGCUGGUCUCGUGGCCUGGUCUUGAAGUGGACUCCUGCCAGACCCCUCCGCUGGACGAGCCUUUGCUCCUCACCGAGGUGACAGGCUUGAGCAGCGCUAGCAGCGUCGAGAACGUCAUAUCAGAGACGACGAUGAGCGUGGUGCUGCGCUUGCUGCGCGCUGAGCAGCACGCCACAGCAAAGUUUGGUGCCACAGCGCAGCACGACUCCAGUCCUGGGGCUGAGCAAGCUGCAACAGAUAUCUCGGCUGCUAUAGAGCAGCUGUGUAAACCACCGGACCGCAAGGAGGCGGCCGCCCUCAACUAUCUCUGCUCCGUGUACCGCGCAGCUGUCACCUACGAGAGAGACUACCCUAAGAAGAGCGCCGUGGAGCAGAUCUCGAAGGCCCUCGUGGAAGUGCGGCGGCAGUCCAUGCAGCUCACCGCCCAGAUGCUCUCAGGCACGUUCGACGCGUACUCGAGCAGCGAGCGCAGUCUGUUCCUGCCGAGCGGCCUGGCCCUCAGCUCGGACCUCAUCAGGCCGCUGCUGCUGGACGCUCUGCCGCGGGGCUUCUUGGCCGACCUCAUGCACCACACCGCGCACGACGGCGCACAGCUCUUCCAAAAGGUUUGGUCAGGAGUUCUGCUGGGACUGAGCGACCUGAUGCGACGCUGCAGUCUCCUGCACCCCGCCUACAGAAGAAUACUCGAGGUCUACAUCAUACUCACUGAGUUCAAAACUAACAACAACCGACCCAUCUGCUCACUCAUGGUCACCAUGCCCUCGUGGUGUCCCGCGGUGCGUGUGGCGGCUGAGGCUGGGCGGGAGAUCGUGACCACGUCGCUCUUGGGUCCCUUCACGCAACUCUCGCUCUUCGUCGAGGACUGCCCUGACAUCGUCAAGCAAUACCUAUCGGGCCCCAACGACCUUGGCGCUCGGAGGGGUCGCCUCUACGAAGUGUUCGAGUCUCUGCCAAGCUCCCUCACUUCCCUCGCCCUCGAACUUGACCUCGUCCGUCGCGACGGCCUCUGGAAACUCUUCCACAACCUACUAACAAACAACAGCUCGAGAGAAGGCACGCUGCAGCUGCUCUCGGAGACGCUGCUGCGUAACAAGAAGCGCGCUCAAAUGCAGUGCAAAGACUCGGAGGUCAUGUCAGAUGGCCACGCCUUUAACUUGCUCUCUGUGAUGCAGCUGCUGUGCCUCAAGGUUAAAGUUGAGAAAGUGGACCCGAAAUAUUUUUUGCAUCCCAAGUCGCUAGUGAAUUUCGAUGGCGAGAGCAGACUGUCCAUGAGUGAGCCCCAAGCCGAGGAGUUCAGAAAAGAGAUACAGUCGGAUACGAGCCAGUUUGAGGCGGUCAAUUUCCACAGCCAGUGCUGGUUCCUCACCCUGAGCGCCCACCAUCUCUCCAUCGUACCCUGCAUCAGACGCUACAACAAGCGCUGCAAAGCCAUCGCGGAGCUCCAGCAGAUGAUAGACCAGAUCGAGAGCUCAGAGGAGCAGUGGCGGGACCAACCUAACGCUGCAGAACAACGCGAAGUUCUCACGCGAUGGAAACAUCAAGUCAAGCGUUUGCAGCAAGCGCGCGUGUGUCAAGAGGUGGUCUUACUAGACCUGCAGCUGCUGACGCGGUGCCUCACGUUCUACUGCAGCGUCGCGCAGGUCUUGCUUCAGACGUUGUUAGGUCCGCAGUACGAAGCCUUGUUCGUGUCCCUGCUCUCCACAGACAGCGCGUCCUCCAGCAACGCUCAAGUCUCCCUGCCCAAGAUGACCACACCUAAACUCUUCUCGGCUUUCCCUGAGUUCUUUCUCGAAGAUAUUGCUGAAGUUAUUCUUUUCAUAUCUCAUUAUCAUUUCCCGACGGUGGAGAACAACGUGGGCCAGGACCUCGUAAGUCUGCUCGUGGUUGUGAUCUGCGGCUGUUCUGAUGGUCACGUCAAGAACCCUUACCUCAUCGCCAAAUUUGUUGAGAUGCUGUUCGACAUGAGCCCCAGUAACCUGGUGCCGAGGCUGUACGAGCGCGUCCUCAGCCACCCGCUGUCCGUCCUUCUCCCCUCCGCCCUCAUGCGCUUCUAUAACUUGGUCGAGAGCAUGGGCACCAGCAACGGCUUCUACGACAAGUUCAGCUUCAGGUAUCACGUCGGCGUCAUCUUCAGGAGCUUCUGGCGCGAGCUGCGCCUCAAACAGGCCUUCAUUGAGGAAGCCAACAGCUGCAUUGCCAAUAAUGUUUUCAGGUCUGGGCGCGACUUCAUCAAGUUCGUGAACCUCCUCAUGAACGACACGACCUUCCUGCUCGACGAGACCGUUGCGUCGCUUAAGCGCAUCCACGAGAUGCAGGAGGAGAUGGCGGGGGCCGAGUGGGCGGCGCUGGAGUCCCAGCAGCAGGAGACCCGGCGGCGCGCCCUGGCAACGGACGAACGUCAGUGCAGAUGGUACCUGACGCUGACGCGCGAGACGCUCGAGAUGAUGCACCAUCUCACCAAAGAGAUCCCCAAGCCUUUCGUUCGCCCUGAGCUCGGCGACAGACUGGCCGCCAUGCUCGACUACAAUCUCACGCAGCUCGCUGGACAAAAGUGUCGCGAUUUGAAAGUACGUAACCCCGAAAAGUAUGGUUGGGACCCAAAGAAGAUGUUGGGUCUCAUUGUUGACGUUUACCUUCACCUGGACUCGCCUGAGUUCGCCCGCACACUCGCCAACGACGAGCGCUCCUUCAGCAAAGACCUCUUCGAGCUCACACUCAAGCGCCUCGACAAAGCAGGCAUUAAAACCGUUGACGAGAUGAUGCAAUUCCGCGCACUCGGGCAGAAGGCAACCGACAUCCUCUUGCAGAAACUGCAGGAGGAUGAAGACUACAGCGACGCUCCUGAUAACUUCAUGGACCCUCUGAUGCAGACGCUGAUGACGGAUCCUGUAGCGCUGCCGUCCGGCAUCGUCAUGGACCGCUCGGUGAUCAUGCGACACUUGCUCAACGACAACACCGAUCCCUUCACGCGCCAGCCUCUCACCGAGGACGACCUCAGGCCUGAUGCAAAGCUGAAAGAUGAAAUUGAAGCCUGGAUUGCCGCUAAAAACGCUGCGAAGUCUUCCAGCUGAGACGACGUUCAUCCACCUUAUCCAGCAGCGCAGGAGGCGUAGUGAUCUUUAGAUGUUAAUGAGUAGCGAGUCUCGUGUAGAAAUGUUCCCGUAAACUAUCUGGCUCAGUUUCGUGAGGUUAAAGAAUGUAUUUUUUAACAACAGCAACAGGUGAUAAGUUAUAAUUGUUUGCAACUCUUCUCUGACGUCAGGCGAUGUUUCUCUGGUCUGUGAUUUUGUCUUCUAUUCUCAGCCUGAUUUUUUAAAGAGAGGAUCUCACUAUUGGGAGUCUCAUGUAAACACAAGAUCUUGUAGUUAUCGAUAAAUGAUGCACGGUAGCUUUUUUUACUCAAGUUUCACCUACCGGACGAAUCGUUUUAAUAAGAUUCUUCUAUGGUCUUCUCUUUGGCAUCGCCUUGUAUCUUGGAUGAUUUGUGGUUAUCUUAGUAUCAUAAAGAGAAGGUUGUUGUCUUUUUAGUUUACUUAAUAUUUUAUGGCCCACUAGGUAUAUCUGCUGUUUGUGCUCGGGCAUUUCAUUUUCAGUCACGAGGUGUUCCUCUGCUAAUAACUUCUAGAUUCAUGAGGUACUUGGUUUAUUUUAAAUUACUUGACCAAUUACUGGCUGGAAUCUCACCUCGAGUUCUACAAUUCGCGUCCGCGGUGGAGUUCAGUGCUUUGGAAAGGGGGGAUUUUCAAGCUCCUUACAUGUGUAUGUUGUAAAUAAAAUUUUUUGCUUUAUAUAAGGGUAAUGUUAACAAUCAGAGUAAAAUGUAAGGAAUAACUGUAGAAGGAUAAGCCGGUAAGAUUUUCCCGUCCAACUUUUUUGUUUUGGUCUGGAUAACCAUGCUUACCCUGUGAAUAUCUUCUGUUCCUCACUAAAAGACGAAUCAUGCUGUUCGCACCACUGAGCAAUCUUGUUACGGAGUGGAAGUAAUCUCUUAGUUGGUCUUGUAUUUCAACGAUGCUGGCUCUCUUGUCGUUGAUUGUCUCGAUUCGUGCAAUUAGAACUCCCAAAUUCUUGGAGCACGUUUGCUACGUAAUUUCUAGUAGACCAUUAUGAACCGGUUCCUCUACAGUUUCCCCUAACUCUAAUCUUGAGCUCUAGAGGAAUGGAUAGUGACCCAAUUUUCCUCGAUUCUCGCCAGUUCACAUGUUAACGUAUUUGUGGGAUCAGAUGAAAAAUUUCAUUUCACUCCUAUAACAUACUCUAGCUGAUGCUGAACGUCGAUAUAUCUUUUUGUGCAGGUCGAUAGAUUUUCCAACUUUCAUAUAUUGCGGCGUCUUUCACGUACAUGGCCAGAUUUAUUUUGUGUACAUUAGCCUAUGCAAUUGUUUGCUAAUUUUAACCAGCUCUGGUCAUUAUGAUUCCCUAUCUGAACAAAUCAUAAGUUUGAGAAUUUUUUACUAAUGGUCGCUCGCAUACUUAAUGAAUUAAUCUUGUUUUGUCAAUAUUAUUGAUGUAGCAUAUCUUCAUCUUCGAGGAAUCAAUAUGUUGGCAAAACCUGUAUGAUUGUGAUAGGAUACUGGUAGAUUUAUUACGCUCAUAGUUUAAACUUUAAAUGACCAAAAAAUUGAUCACGCAGGAGAUAUUUGCUUCUAAGGUAAUUUCCUUAGGAGCGAACGUCUCGUUUUGCUCAAUGUGUGCAAUUACAACAUGAACUCGACAAGUUCCUGCCGCGAAUUUCUCAUGUUUGCUAAAGCAAUUGAUCUUAGCUUGAUAUUUUUCUGCGCUGGUUAAUAUAAGAGAAUACGAGCAAUGAUAAACGUUACACGGUAGUUAUCAAUAAGGUUUCCUUUGAGUUAAUGGAGCGCUUCUGCUUCUGUUGCAGGGAUGUAUGGAACAAUGUUCAUUUUUUGUUCGAGAAUCAAGCUACACAAAUUGCCUCGAGUGACAGCAAACGUGUUGUACAUAAAUAACUCCAUUACCGUCCGACUGUACAUAAAGUAAAGUGCCGCUUGCCUCUCAACCGCAAAAUAUUUCUAAAUCAACGCUCUGCAAAGAAUCAGUUGGCUUCAAACAAGGGGUUUAGUGGGGUCAUCAUGGGCAGUAAAGUCACAUUUCAUUCGA